CCACAUGGCACACGCGAGGGCGCUGAUCAAGGCAGUAUCAGCACAGAAGGCUCUAUGUGUUAUCCGUUGCCAGUUGUUACUUCGUUAGGUUAUAUGCUUGUGUUUAUAACUUUAUAAAUUAUAAUUAUAAGUUAUUAAAUAUUCAUGCACGACUGACGUUCGUUAGUAUGAGAGAUGAGACAGAUCUCUAAUAUUAUACAAUUUGUUAUUAUGAUCUAAGUUAUAAAAUAUAUUAAGAUGUUUAUCGUUAGUGAAUUCGAAGAGGUCGUGAAGGUCCAACCAACUCAUUUAGAAGAUGAUCAAGUGUCCCGAAUUGUCAUACACCUCAAUUCAAUGCUCGCAAAUAAAGUAGUAAUGAACGUCGGCUUGUGUCUGUCGUUGUUCGACAUUUUGGAAAUCGAUGAUUCAAUAAUAUACCCAAGCGAAGGAGCGUAUUUUUCCAAGGUGCGAUUUAGAUUCAUCGUCUUCAGACCAUUUGUUGAAGAAAUACUCAUUGGCAAAGUGAAGAGCUCCAGUUCAGAUGGAGCUGUACUAACAACCGGUUUCUUUGAGGACAUAUUUGUGCCGGCAGCAAACAUGCAAAAUCCCAGUCGCUUUGAUGUAAAAGACAAAGUGUGGGUGUGGGAAUAUGACAAUUGUGGCGAUACAGUUGAGUUGCACAUGGACAUUGGUGAAACAGUUAGGUUUCGUGUCGUUUCUGAACAGUUUAUUGAUACACAUCCAGGAGUAGACAGCGGACUUUUAGAUACUGGUGAGAUAGCAACAUCAAAAUCAAAAUCACCAUAUUCAAUUGUUGGCACAGUAAGAGAACCUGGUUUAGGAGUAAUUGGAUGGUGGACAGAUUUAUAAAUUGUUAAAUAGGUAAUAUAAAUCUAUUGUGUAUUAUAUUUUAAAUUUUAUUUAAAUUAUAUGUUAUGAAAUCAAAUAGUUCUAUUUUCUUAUUAUAUUUACAUAUACAAUGUACAUUAUACUUUAUAUUACGCCAAAAUUACAAUUUAAAAAUCAUAUGCUUUUAUCAGAUAAUUCCUUUUUUUAACUGUAUGUAAAAAAAUAAAUAUUCUACUAAAAGCUUAAAAAAUCAGAAAAUAGAAAAGACAGUAGGGUUUCUCAGUACAAUCAGUAAAUUUGAUUUAUUUAAAAUAAAAUCAUUUUGAAAUCAAUGUUUGAACCAUCUGAUAAAUGAAUCUAUCUACAAAAAAACUUUUAAUUUUUGUUUUAAAUUAUUGCAAUUAAAGCACAAUAGUAAUCUUAUAAAGGACA